CUUCGGCGCCAUGUCGCUCACCCCAAUCCACGACGAGUGACCUCGCAAUCACUCGCAUACUCGUAGAGAUCGCGCGUUUCUCUUCCCCGUUAAUAUAUGUAUUUUUCCUAUCCGUAGUAGCGCCGCUUGUGUUUGUGAGUUCUCGCAGGCGUAGUUGUGUGGUCGCAAUUCGAUCGGUUCCGUCGCGUCCACCUGAUAUUGUAUGACGACGUGUCGUGUAACUCAACGACGAGUGGUUAACGUGACGACGACGCGACUACGUGAAACUCGGCCCAUCGCCGUCAGUGUGUCUUCGGUGUGUUUCGACAGGUGUGCGAAAGGAUUCUUCUUCUCCCGCUAUCCCACGAUCAACGGAAGUGUCUACCCUUGUGGUCUGUUUUUCACUGUGCAGGUUCGGUGUCGGGGUUGGAAAAAAACGUGGGCCAAUCGUCGUAAUAGUGCCGUGUGUCGGGUCCACCUCCGAUUUAGCUCCGUCCGUCGCUGCGGCAUGCGAACGGGAACGACACCCGGAUAGCUAUAUAGGCAUAGCAGUGAUAAUAAUAAUAUUCGUACAGUGCCGGAUGUUUGAGUGUUGAUCGAAAGUGACCCCCCCCGGAUACCGGAGGUGGCGUAAUUCCGCGAACGGCGACGGUCCGCCUCUGAAAUGACCCGGUGAAUACUAAUCUGCAGCUGAUCGCGGAGGAGCGGGUUGUCCAGAGACCGCGGUUAUUAUGCACGGGAUAGACGGGAACCGGCAUCGUUGCUCCCUGCAGCAUUGAAGAACGAAGAUGGAAGAGGGUCAGCUGUUGCUGACCGAAUUACCGGCCCUCCCGCCCCUGAGAGGCUCGACGGUAUUGCAUAGGCCUCAGUACUACCAGCUCCACCAACCCCACCUCGCCCUUCCGACCCCCCACAGUCAGACGAUACAGCACGCACCCUCGAACCCACCCCACUACGGCACCGGGGCGACGAAUCUUACGACCAACCACCAGGGGAUACCGAGGCAGCUCCCUCCCGUCCCGAGAGGAACGUCCGCGGCGAGUACCCACGUGUCCAGCCUCUAUCCCGAGAUCCUCGCCCUGAUAUUCAGCUACCUAGACGUCAGGGACAAGGGACGAGCCGCCCAGGUAUGCGCGGCGUGGAGGGACGCCGCCUAUCACAGGUCCGUCUGGAGAGGCGUCGAGGCCAGGCUGCACUUGAGGAGGUCGUCGCCGGCACUCUUCGCAAGCCUCGUUCGCCGCGGGGUUAAGCGGGUCCAGGUCCUCUCCCUGAGGCGUUCCCUUCGCGACGUUGUCCAGGGGGUGCCGAACCUCGAGUCGCUCAACCUCUCCGGAUGUUACAACGUGACGGACGUAGGUCUGGCUCACGCGUUGAUCCAGGAACUUCCAUCGCUCACGGAGCUCAACCUGUCCCUGUGUAAACAGGUGACCGACACGUCACUGGGGAGAAUCGCGCAGUACCUGAAGAACCUCGAGGUUCUCGAGCUCGGCGGGUGCUGCAACGUCACCAACACCGGACUCCUCCUGAUCGCGUGGGGCCUCAAGAAACUCAAGAAGCUCGACCUCCGGAGCUGCUGGCACGUCAUGGACCAAGGCAUCGCCCAUCUGGCCGGUCUGAACCGCGACACGGCCGACGGCAACCUAGCCCUCGAACACCUGGGGCUCCAGGACUGCCAGAGACUCAGCGACGAGGCUCUCAGGCACGUUUCCGUCGGCCUUACAACCCUCAAGUCCAUCAACCUGUCCUUCUGCGUGUCCGUAACGGACUUGGGGCUGAAACACCUCGCCAAGAUGCCGAGCUUGAGGGAGCUGAACCUAAGGUCCUGCGACAACGUAACGGACAUCGGCAUGGCCUACCUGGCCGAGGGCAGUAGCAGAAUCUCAUCCCUCGACGUCUCGUUUUGCGACAAAAUCGGGGACCAGGCCUUGGUUCAUAUUUCCCAGGGUCUGUUCAACCUCAGGUCCCUCUCCCUGUCCGCGUGUCAAGUCAGCGACGAGGGCAUCUGCAAGAUAGCCAAAACCCUCCACGAACUUGAAACCCUUAACGUUGGCCAGUGCAGCAGGCUUACGGACAAAGGACUCACCACCAUUGCCGAGAGCAUGAAACAUCUGAAAUGCAUCGAUUUAUACGGUUGUACGAGGAUCACAAAAACCGGAUUAGAAAGGAUUAUGGAAUUGCCUCAGCUAAGUAUAUUAAACCUUGGACUAUGGCAUCUGCGGUGAUGGCAUUCCCAAAUGAACACUAGUGUCUAAAAGGAACAUUUCGCUUAAGGUAACACGCACGUUCGUUGAAGGGUGAAACGAAAACGGAACAAACAAACAAGACAAAGAAAAGAUAAGAAGCACCUACGCGACUUGCAUCGUGAUUAUUAUCAAUUAAUUAUAUUUUUUAUUGUUAUCAAAAACUAUUACCUACCCGCUACAUCGUAACCAUUAUCAUUGUACUGUUACAACCGCGCAUCGGUCACAUAUGUAUUAAUUUCCAUUGAACUAACACCGGAAUUUCUCAUCGUGCAUGCAUACGUAUGAUAGACGAAACGAUGAAGAAUAGUAUAAUAUUAAAUAGUUACUCUACAAACAAAGAAAGAGAGAAACGGUGAAUCACGGUACCUAUCACUCUGUCAUGACUCCUUAUCGAGGCACCGCACACAAUACCGUACAGAGACACCGACGUUUUCUCCUGUCUAUUAUAAUCCAACUACAUAUACAUAUAUAUAUAAAGAAAGAUACCUCUUACACAUUUACACGCUCCGCGGUGCAAGGAACAAGAACUCUCUCUACGUAUUUUGCCUCGAAUUUCAACGUGCAAUGUGUGUCUGUCCCCCCACCCCUCGCGUUCUCUCUCUCGCUCUUUCUCUCGCUCUCUCUCUAUCUCUCCAUCCGGAUAGCUGCGAGUGAACGUAUCAUACCUACCAUAGCUCUGAACAAACUUACGAUAUGCACCUAUAUAGAUGCACAGGCAUAUCCGUAUACGUGCAUAGAAGGCAUAACACACGCGAAAACGUUGAUGGUUGCGCGCCUACGUCCUCGUCGUACAUCUUCAACCACCCCGGUAAUGUAUAAAUAUGUAUAGCUUGUACA